GCAUAUUCGCACAAAUUUUGAACCUUCUCAUCGUCCUUCACUCUUCUUCGUCGUCGUCGAAGGGAGCCCUGAUCCGAUCCUGGGAUUAGGGUUAGGGUUCCCAUCUUCGUCUCCAUCUCCAUCAGAUCCCAAAUGGGAACCCUCAACUGUCUCAUCUUCAUCAUUCUCCUCAUAUCUUCCGCUUCCGCUCAAACCCUAAUCCAGAUGUUCCCUAAUCGGCCCCAAAGAAACGGUGAUGAUGAGCUAUUCUGUGAUAGCUGGCGAUUGUCGGUGGAGACGAACAACGCUGGAAUGUGGAAUACGAUCCCGGCGAAGUGCCUCAAGUUCGUUGUGGAGUAUAUGAACGGGGAUCGAUAUGCGUCGGACUCUGCUGUUGUUGCUGGUUAUUCGCUGGAUUUUGCUCGGACAGUGCCGAUCACUGGUGAUGGGAAGGAUGUUUGGGUGUUUGACAUUGAUGAGACGCUGCUCUCCAACAUCCCUUAUUAUGCUGCCCAUGGCUACGGAUCAGAGGCUUUCAACGAGACUGCAUUUGAUGAAUGGGUGGUUGAGGCAAGAGCACCCGCAUUACCAGCAAGCUUGCAGCUCUAUGAGGAGCUCCGAGGGCUUGGAUAUCAGUUAGUUCUCUUGACAGGCAGAGCUGAAUUUCAGAGGAAUGCCACGGUGGACAACUUGUUGUUUGCUGGGUAUCAUUCAUGGAAAAGACUCUAUUUAAGGGAAGACUCUGAUAUUGGGAAGACUGCAGUGGCUUAUAAAUCAGAGAAAAGAGCAGAGCUGGAAGCCCAAGGCUACAGAAUCCAUGGCUCAUCUGGUGAUCAAUGGAGUGACUUGAUAGGCUCACCAAUGGCCUCAAGAUCCUUCAAGCUGCCCAACCCACUCUACUUCAUUGCAUGAUUGUAAUUAUAAUUAUAAUCUCAAGAUCCUUCAAGCUGCCCACUUUCGCUAUUUGAAAUGCCCCUUUUCAUUCCUUAAAGUGGGUUUUUAUUUUUA